AUGAGGCUGCUGUUCCUCCUGCUCCUCUUCCUCGUUUGUCUAAGCCAGACAGCAUCAGGGCAUAGAAAGAGGAAGAGAUUCAUGGAAUGUGCGAAAAUGGGCGGAGCCUGCAAAUACCAACGGACCCACGGCUGCUCCAUCCUGCCUGCCGAGUGCAAGAACCGCUACAAACACUGCUGCAGAGUGUAG